GCGGGCCGCGGGAGGGAGUGCGCGCGGGGAAGAGGACAAAUGCCAAAUCCUCUCCUCGCUCCGCUUGACUUCCUUUCGUCUUCCCUCCUCCUCCGCCUACAUAGAAGCAGCAGAGCUCGCUCCACAACACAAGCCCCCACGAUACAAAUCACGACCACCGCCCCAAAUCCAUCUCCAUUCCCCCCACCCGGUUCGCUGCCGUGCUAGUCCACCACCACCAUCACCCUCGAUCCCUGCCCCCGCCCCCUCCCCCGAAACCGCGUGAUGUCGCGCAAGCGGGCGCUGGACGCCGUCGAGGCGGGGCGGGAGGCGGCGCCGCCGUCCCCGAGGAAGAGGUUCCGGCGGACGGUCCUCGUCAUGAUGUGGCUGGAGAGGAGGAGGGCGAGAGCGGCCGGUGUCGAUCAGACGGAGCAGAUGGUUCGGCAGGUGAGGGAGCAACUCGAUAUACACAAAUUGCUUAUGUUUAUCAUGGUGCUUGUUGCGCGGCUUGUCUCGGUGGAAAGGGUGAUUCGCGAUAUACCGGCCACCCUCGAGAGAUUUUUGGCGCGGCAGCUUUCUUUUCAGAGAUCUUUUAUGGGAUCCAUAGAAGAAAAGAUUCGAUCGGUUAUCCAGACAGAGAUGCAGGAGCGACAAGCAGCUUCGCUUCCUAAUUACGUUUAUGCGUCUCCUAGGCAGACAUCAGAAGGUUUUCCUGGAACUGGAAGCAUAGCUAGAAUGAUCAAGUUACGCUUUCUCAAUGUUGAAAGACCGAAUGAUCCACUUUACACUGGUUGUCCAGUACAAUGGAAGCAUGGAAAAAACGCUAAGGUAGCGAUAUUUGAAAAUGAGAGGCAAAUCACGCAGGGUGAUCUUUCUAAACUGCAGAUUGAGAUUUUGUCAGUCCAUGCUGAUUUCUUUACCGAGCGAGGACAAGUAGAUUUUACCAAAGAGGAAUUCGACAAGCAGAUAUAUAUCUAUAAAGGGAAAGAUUCAGUCUUGACAUCCGUUAAUCUAAAAAACGGUGAGGCCGAUCUUGGUCCCGUCUUCUUUCCAGAGAGCUCCUACAGGAAAAGGUUAAGAUUGACAGCAAGAGUGAAAAGGAAGGAUCUUGCGGUCAGAAUUCAAGAAGCAAUCACUGAUCCAUUUGUCGUGAAAGACCGCCGAAGUGAAUUCAAUGAAAAGAUUUAUCCUCCGCCUAAGGACGAAGCUAUACAUCGAUUGGAGAAGAUUUCCCUGAAUGGAAAAUGUUGGGGUGACCUCGUGGAUAAAAAAAUUACGAUGGUGAAGCACUUACUGCGUCAUUAUUAUAGAGAUAGUUCUGGUCUCCAAAAGCUUACUGGCAUGAAGAAGGGGAGUUGGAGUACCAUGAUUAAACAUGCAACCACGUCUGAUCCUGGGGCGGAGAUCUAUUCUCAUAGAGUUGAAGAGGAAAAUUAUGAACUCUUAUUCAAUGAUUUCUAUGAUCUUGUCGGCAUCAUGAUCAAUGAAGCCUAUGUUCCUUACAGCGGCCUUGAUCAGCUUCUGCAGGUUAAAGUGAACAACUGGAAAAUGAGUGCACAUAAGAAAUUUGAGGAUCUGGAGAACUCAGGGAAACUUAGCCCUGAUUAUUUCAUGAUCAAUGGCUGCCCUGUCCGGGCAGUGCCUCAGAACAAUGAUGCCAGUACUUCCAUACAAACAAGAACGACAUGGCCAUGCUCUAAUGACAUGACUGCACAGCAUGAAUUUGGUGAGCGGCAACAGCAGGAGAAUGGAUUCUCACCGGCACAAGUCUUCUCAAACAAUGGUGCUGGUCCUUCGAGGCAAGAAACACUAGUGUUUCCACAAUACACUUAUAAACAGGCUACACAUCAAGAGCUAUGUCAGCAGGAUCCUCCUAUGCCGCUUAAUGAAAUUCCUUACUUGACUCAUGGAAACAUCUUAGAUGGUCAGGGAUCAUUCUCAGCACAGUCAAUUAUUCCGUCCCACAAUUCUGUGCCAGCCGAGGAGGAUUAUUUAGUUACUGGUGUGAGUCUAACUACCCAACAUAAUCAGUACUCAAGCUCCUGGACGACUCAUGGUCCUGGUACUUCUUUUCCUGUAACAGGUGGCGUUAGUCAGGGAACCUCUUCACUUAACCCGCAGACUGACAUCUUCAGUGGGUUACCUUCAAUUGAAGAAUUGUCAGAACUAGACUCAUAUGUGGCAGGCCUGGAAUUUGUACCAGCUAACAGCGGUAUGCUAUUUUCGUAUCCAUGCACAACUUCCGAAUUCUGGCAGCCAAUUCCACGGUUCCGACUUCUGAACAUAACAACGACAGCUGGUGAUCAAACGUGAAACAACUGUAACUGGCUAUCCUCUACCGGAGCGAUGUGUUUCAUUGUGAUUAAACAUUUAGUUUGUAAAAGUCAGUGGUGUUUUACUUUUAAGUAGUACCAGAGAUUAUUUAUAUUUGCUGCUGGUUACACGAAGAAAUUCGGCUUGUAUUCAAUACCACGAACACGAAUUUGAAUUGGUGAAAUUUGUAUAAUUCUGUUGAUCAAUCUUUUUUCUGCA